AUGUCUCAACAAUCAUUACAAUACGAUUUGCAUGCGCGCUCCCCCUUGCAUGAUCAUUUUGUUAUGGAAGAGCACCAAGAAAUUUCUGAUUUAUUGGGAUCAGAUAUGGCAGAAAUAACUGAGGUUACUGAGGUUUCACAACUUGACGAAUAUCAUGAAGAGACUGGGUCUCGGCUGCAUUAUCUUGAUGAUGAGGACGAUGAUGAACAAGACCAAGGUUCUGUAGAACCACAACUAAGUGCUCACAAUUAUGAUGAGCAGGAUGAACUUGAAAUGCACUUGGAGAAUGAGCAAGAAAACUAUUCAGGUCAGCAGCAGCAACAGCAGCAACAACAGCAACAACAGCAACAACAGCAACAACAGCACAGCGCUGUAGAAAGUAAUCAAGUGUCUUAUGGUUCUCCAGGUACUCCUCAAACUCGUGUAUACGUCUCAAAUUUGAGCUAUAAAGCGACAGAGGAGUCUUUGGCCGAGUUUUUGAAGGCUUAUAACCCUCAAAAUGUGUUAAUUCCAAGCCAGAGUAUCCGCGGCUUCCAAAAACCCUUAGUGCGUUCGCUAGGUAUCGCAUAUGUCGAAUUCUCCAGCCCAGAGAUAGCUGCUAAGGCGAUUCUUGAAGUAAACGGUAUGCCUUUCAUGAACAAAGAGUUAAAGCUCCGCUACCACAUCCCAUUCCAGUCUCCUAGAGACAGAAUGAAACUCCCUCAAAAUAAAAUGCAACAAAUACAGAGACGCUUAACGGAAUUGCGCAAGAAGAGUGUUGCUGCCGUUUGCUCGGGCGAAAUUUCAGCAUCAUCGCAACCUCUUCAAAGAAACACGCCUGAGGAACCCCUAACUCCCCCACUGCGUGAGGUUUCUGAAACAACGAUAUACGUGGGACAUCUCCCCGGCAAGACCACUGACGCUAACUUAAGGGACUUUUUCCACGAUUAUACGCCCCAGGAGAUAAUUGUUUACAAGCACCGUCAAUUCAACGGCUGGCGCUUGAGGCGUCAUCUCACUGCCGCUGUCAUUACGUUCCCUGAUCAUGAAAGACAGCAGAACGCACUUUUGACGCUUACUCACGAACAGUUCCAGGGUAGAUAUUUAAAGUUGGAACCUGCAUACGAAGACAAGUUGGCCGAUAUUAGAGCAGAAGUCCAGCGUAUGGCUGUUGAACAGCGUCUACCUCAGGCUGCUGCUAACUUGGGCAUGCGUGUUGGCAAUAACUUGAUCUCAAUGCAACCACUUCACUCCCGUCCUGUCCCAAAGGACCAGGAACAACUACAACAACUACAGAAACUGCAACAACUGCAACAGCAGCAACAGCAGCAACAGCAGCAGCAUUGUUCACUUCAAUCGCCUUCCCCUACUACAACUCCCCAACAGGAAGACGACCAGGAGCCUUCUCCAAUUCUUCAACAGCAGCAGAUUAACCCUGAAAUCAACUCUAAUGUUGUGCAAGAUUUAGAUCCAGCAAAGGGCCAACCUCUACAUAAAUUGCAUAAGUUGCAAAUGAUACAGAAGCUACAACGACUACACAAACAAAGACAGAGCCACCACUCUACUACGUCCUCACCUUCACACUCACCUUCACAAGAAGAGCAACAAGAACCAGUAGCCGAAGCUAUUGUCGCUGCAGCAUGA